UGGCAUGAUCGGUGGUAAACGGCGCAGAGGAAGACAAAAGAAAAGAUGGAUUGAUACAAUAAAAGAAGACACAAAGUUAACAUUAACUCAACUCAACACAAUGGUACAUAACAGAAACACGUGGAGAGGUCUGAUUCAUCGGAUCGCCAAGAGUCGGACUCGACUGAAUGGAUAAAACAACAACAACAACUGAAGGAGAUUACAUGCUGCAAUCGAAAAGUCUAACUGUUGAUUAUAAAUAAAAGUUUACGAAGAUAAAGUAUAUAUUUUAACAAAUAUUAGAAAUAUAAUAAAGACCCUAUUCUAUCCUUCAAAAAUUGUAGAAAAUAUUGAAAAAUCAGAUUUAAAACCGCUCAUAUUAUACGUUUCGACUAGUGAAAACGCUGGUUUAAGAUUAAUUAAACAUUUUCAUGAUAUGUAUGAAAACGACUACACGUUUAUUGCAUUACCUGAUAAAUCAUUAGCAGAUAUAAUGUUGUCUAAGACACAUUCAUAAUUUGAAUUUGAAAUUAAACCAAAUCCAUUGUUUUUAGGACAAUCUUACGUAGAAGUGAAUAUUAUUUCAUUAUUAACAGUUGACUUUUUAACUGAAAAUAUUAAAAAUAAUUCAAAACCAUUGAAUAUUGAUAAUAAUAUUUAG